UCUCCAUAGUCCAUUCCAUCGUCUUCCCGGCGGCGGUAAACCACAAAAGCUACCGAUCUCCGAUUAUCAAUGAAGAAACACUGCAGUUUCAUGGUUUAUCCUUUAUGAAAAAAAAUGAAUCACAGUCAAUUAGGGAAAUUCAUUUUGGAGAUAUCAAAAUCAAAAUUAGGGUUUCCAAAGCUCGAUGACGCUCUUUCUCUAUUCAAUCAAAUGGUACGUAUGCGGCCGUUGCCCCCUGUUAUCCGUUUCAAUCAAUUAUUGAGAGCAUUAUUCAGAAUGAAGGAGUAUUCUGUUUCCAUUUCCCUAUUUAAAGAUAUGUGUUUCAAAGGACUCCCCACUGACCAAUAUACCAUGUCCACUGCAAUGAAUUGCUUCUGCAGAUUGAAACAGGUCAAUGCUGGAUCUACUAUAUUAGGAUUCUUAAUCAAGCGAAGGUAUAUCAUUGAUUCCACUUUCUUCAAUAUUUUGAUAAAUGGUCUCAUUCUUGAAGGUAGAACUGCUGAAGCCAUUGAUUUGUUCAAGAAGCUGGUUAUUGAAGAAGACGUUGAUAGCAAAACUUACAAUGAGAUAACUUUUGGGAUUGCCAUUAAAGCUCUUUGCAAGUCUAAUAACUCGAAAGGAGCUGUAGAGCUACUCAACAAUAUGCAUAACUAUGGAUGUAAACCUAAUCUUGUGGCUUACAACACAUUAAUUGACAGUCUAUGUAAGGAUGGGUUUUUGGAUGAUGCUUUCAUUCUCUUAUCACAAAUGAAAAGUAGAGAAGAAGAAGAAGGUAUUAUUACACCAGAUGUGAUUACAUACACUUGUUUGAUUUCCGGUUUAUGCAAUGUUGGUAGGUGGGAUGAUGCCAAAACGACGUUUCUAGAAAUGAACAAUGAGGGAAUUUCUCCAAAUGAUGUUACUUUCAGCAUACUGGUGAAUGCACUUUGUAAAGAGGGUAAUAUGAAAGCAGCUCAGGAAAUCAUGAUGAAAUGUGGGCAUUGUCGCAAUGUUUUCACAUACACCACGUUGAUUGAUGGUUAUAUUACUCAAGGCGAAAUGGGUAAAGCACUUCAAUUACUCACUUCCAUGAUCAAAGACGGUAUAGAGCCUAAUAUUGUCACAUAUGGAACCUUGAUCCACGGCUAUACCACUGUCAGGUUGAAACUAGAUAAAGCUCUGCAUCUCUUUCGUCAAAUGUCAUCUAAAGGAUUGAAACCGAAUAUUCAGAUAUACAAUAUAUUGAUUCAGGGAUUGUUUUAUUCUGGUAACUGUUUUCUUGCAAGAAAACUUUGGAAAGAAUUACAUGUUUCUGGUCUCAGACCUGAUAUCUGCACUUAUAGAGUGCUGCUAAACGGGUUAUGUAGAAACGGUUUCCAUACUGAAGCAUUGUCGUUUUUCCUUGAGAUGAAAACUGUUGAAACAAUGAGUUUGGAUAUCCAAUGCCAUGGCAUUAUUGUUAACAUGUUUUGCAAAGAAGGGAGGAUGGUAAGAGGUUUUCUCCAACAUAAUGAAUUUGGAGAAGUAAUGAGAUUUCUAAAGGAGAUGUUUAGUAAGGGAUUCUCAUUAGAUGUAACUACUCUUCAGUUGUUUGUCAAUUUACUUUCAGCUGAUAGGAUUGAUGAUGAUUAUGACAAUGUUGUUAUUCAAGAUCUUUUCAAAGUACUAAUAGAUACUGACAUUUCUGAAAUUUGGAGUUGUCAAUGA